AUGGUUGUAUUAAGCAAUUUCUUGACACCCCAAGAAGGCAUCAGACAUGAAGAACCAAACACAACUCUUUACUUAGAUGAUAGAGAGGUAGGAAAAGGUACACUUUACAUAACAGAAAGCGUACUGUCAUGGGUUAAUAGCACUACGCAGCAAGGCUUUUCUCUAGAGUAUCCUCACAUAUCUAUCCACGCAAUCUCACGAAAUGAAGUAAAUCAUCCUCGACAUCAUCUAUACGUGGUGGUUGAUGCUAAAGUUGACCUUCCAGGUUUCGAGGAAGUACCGCAAAAUGAAGAAAAUUCAGAUGAUGAUGAUGAUAAUUCAGAACAUGUGAAUACUCAUAUGAGGUUUGCACCUGAUAAUACUCAGAGCUUGGAUGCCAUGUACCAGGCGAUGAGUCAAUGUCAGAUUCUCCAUCCUGAUCCCAAUGACUCUCAUUCGGAUGAUGAAGAAGAUGAUGAAGACAAGUUUGAAGAUGCUGAACCACAUCAUGGAGCAAAAGAAGACGACGGAGAAGACGAAGAAGAAUAUAGAGAUGCAUAUGAAAUUGGAGCAGGCGACGCACCACAUAUUUUACCUCCAGAAUCUCUAGCAAAUAAUCAAAAUGGAAAUGGCAACGGAAACAACUUUGAAGAUAUGGAUGUCGAUGAUGGUCGAUUCGACGACGUCCCUGAUCAGCAUAAUUAA